CCGCUGAAAGUGCGGACACAUGACGGAUCAGCUCCGCGGCGCAGAGAAGCUCCGGGACAGAGACGCUCCGGACCGGGACACGGCACCUCCGGGACAUCUGCUCCGGGACCGGGACGCGACACCUUCGGGACUGCUCUGCGGGCUGCGUGCGGAACCUUUUGCCGGGACAGAGGACGCGGAGGCGGGCGGGGGGACGCGCUCUCUCCGGAUUAUCCGCUCAGAGAAAAGGGAAAACAAGCGAAUCUCCUCCGGUUGGAUCGACCGGAGAAGAUGCGGUGACCGCCGGGAAACCGAGGAAAAGUGCCCGCGGUCGAAGUUGUAAAUCGUGGGGGACGAAGCGGACUCCACCGGAAGGAUAUUGUGGAUGUUAUCGUGGGAAAAACUUCUCGCUCGACGCCGUUUUGGAGGCGUGUUUUCCGGGCAGUAGAGGCUGAGCUCCCCCCUCUCUCCUCCCGCACCGCGAGCUCGUUCGCUCCCCCGGCUGCGACUCGGUUCGUCGGACACGGACGCGGCGGAGGCUCGGCGGGCUGGUGCCGAUGCCCACGGCGGACUGCAGGCUGCUCCAUCAUGGCCGGAUCAUGAGGUGUUGGACCUACCUGCUGCUACUCCCAGAAACGCUGAAAAGGUCCAAGCAGGUCGGCGGGCUCCCGGGCAGGCUGCCGCUGUACUAUGAGAUCCUGAGCCUGUCCCUGAGCAGCAAGAAGCAGCACAAGCAGAGGAAGAUGGCCGCGGAGCUCUACCCCGCGUCCGGCCACACCAACCUGGCCAACGGUACCACGGUGGCGGACACCGAGAAGAGCAAGGCGGCGCAGGUGAGCGCGGCGUGCGGCGGCAGCGCGGCCACCACCCCGACCACCCAGCAGAACAUCAACAACAACAACCUGGAGCCCCCCAGCUGGCAGAGCAGCCACCCCACCCUGAGAGAGAGGAAUGCCUUGAUGUUUAACAAUGAGCUGAUGGCGGACGUCCACUUCAUCGUGGGCCCCCUGGGGGAGCAGCAGACGGUUCCAGCUCACAAGUACGUGCUGGCCGUGGGAAGCUCCGUCUUCUGCGCCAUGUUCUACGGCGAUCUGGCGGAGGAGGAUCCCGAGAUCCACAUCCCAGACGUGGAACCCGCUUCUUUUCUAAUUCUGCUGAAGUACAUGUACAGUGAUGAGAUCGACCUGGAGGCAGACACGGUGCUGGCCACCCUGUACGCUGCCAAGAAGUACAUCGUCCCUGCACUGGCCAAGGCCUGCGUCACCUUUCUGGAAACCAGCCUGGAGGCUAAGAACGCCUGUGUGCUGCUCUCCCAGAGCCGCCUGUUCGAGGAGCCCGAGCUGACGCAGCGGUGCUGGGAGGUGAUCGACGCUCAGGCCGAGCUGGCUCUGGGCUCCGAGGGCUUCUGUGAGAUCGACCUGCAGACGCUGGAGAUCAUACUGCGGAGGGAGACCCUGAACACCAAGGAGGUGAUGGUGUUCGAGGCGGUCAUGAACUGGGCCACGGCCGAGUGCAAGAGACAAGGACUGGAGCCCACGACUCACAACCGGAGGGAGGUCCUCGGCAAGGCGCUGUUUCUGGUGCGCAUCCCCACGAUGACCCUGGACGAGUUUGCCAACGGGGCGGCGCAGUCUGAAAUCCUGACACUGGAGGAGAUGCACAAUGUGUUCCUGUGGUACACUGCAGCUAAAAAGCCGGACCUGGACUUCCCCCAGACUGAGCGGACGGGUCUGGCGCCUCAGAGGUGCCAUCGCUUCCAAUCCUCGGCCUACCGGAGCAAUCAGUGGCGCUACCGCGGCCGGUGCGACAGCAUUCAGUUCGCCGUGGACAAGCGGAUCUUUAUCGCCGGGUUGGGACUGUACGGGUCGAGCGGCGGCAAAGCCGAGUACACUGUCAAAAUUGAACUCAAGAGGCAGGGGGUGGUCCUGGCCCAGAACCACACCAAGUAUGUGUCGGACGGGUCGAGCAGCACGUUUCCCGUGUGGUUCGAACACCCGGUCCAGGUGGAGCAGGACGCCUUCUACACGGUGAGCGCCGUGCUGGACGGGAACGAGCUGAGCUACUUCGGCCAGGAGGGCAUGACGGAGGUGCAGUGCGGGAAGGUGACCUUUCAGUUCCAGUGCUCGUCCGACAGCACCAACGGGACCGGGGUGCAGGGAGGACAGAUCCCAGAGCUCGUGUUCUACGCAUGAGCUGCUCUGGACUGCUGAGGGGGGGCUCGCCUCCCGGCCUUCAAAGUAAUGUAGCAGUAAAGACACUCGAGUAAUGUCACACUUAAUGGCCUGGCUAGUUCUCCCAGAGACUGUUUCAAACAAAGCUGUUGUUUUAUCUUUAUUUAAUUUAAUGUUAUUUUUUUAUUUAAAUACUCGGUUAACGUUAUUUGCUGGGACGCUGCUGUAGAGAAAACACUAACACGCUGAUUUGUGGUGAUGUAAUCAAGCUGAGCUCUAAACUGGAACAACCAGUGGCUGCUUCACUUUGGGUAAACGCUUUAGUUCCAGGCAGCCAAUCACAACCGGGAGCUUUGUGUAGUGUUAUGAUUCUAAACGCAGGAAAAGGUAGAAGUGUUGUCGAGUUGUUUUUGCACUUCAGAGAAACGGCCUCACAAACGUUGUGUCUUUUGUAAAAUAUGUGAGCAGCUUGAUGCUGUUGGAGACCAGAUGUGUUCUGUACGAGAAUGACUAAACACCUGAUGAUGAAACAUAAAGGUUCUAAUGUGAUUGAA